AUGAUCGCAUUCUUUGAGCUGGAGUGCCCGCACACGGCGCCGGAGGAGGCGAUCCUGCUGGUGGGCGGUGAUGGGGUCAUCGGCAACUGGGACCUCCACGGGGCGGUGAUGAUGGAGACGAGCGCGCAGCGGUUCCCCUGGUGGGUCACCUCCGGGCCCCUGGUGUUCGACUCGGAGGUGGAGUUCCAAUUCGCCAUCUCCGACCGCUCCUCGCAGAACGUGCGCUGGGAGUCGCUGCCUUUCAAGCGGCGCCUGGCGAAGGUUCCACGGCACAAGGACGGGCGGGUGCUGGAAGUGGUGUUCCGCGCGAGCUGGGAUGAUGCCAAGAGCACCGUGAGCGUGCGGCCCUCCAAGAUCGCUCGCGCCCACGAGCUGCAAGAAGCGGCGCUCGAGUCGGCGGAGGCCGACGUGCUGCGAGAGCGGUCCCGGUCGCGGGAGCGCGAGCCGGUGCCUCUGCCUGGCAUGCCCGCGCCCCGAAGAGGUCCUGGUGUGACCGAGCCGGAGGCGAUGGCGCGCUCGACGCGAAGAUCCAGCCCGAGCAUUCCUCAAGAAGUGGAUGGGCAGCUGCAAAGCUCUCGCCGAAUCGCCGGCGCUCACCGGCGGGGUGUCGCUGACGGAGGCAACGCUGCGGACGUCGAGACGGCACACGGCUCGGCUGCCCAGCGAGCCGAGGGCCGGAGAUCCUGCCCGAGCUUUCCUCAAGAUGAGCAUCUGCACGGCGCCCGCCCAGCUGGCUCUCAUCGGCGGGGUGUUGCCGACGGAGGCGGCAACGCUGGCGCGGAUGUAGAGACGGCCGGCUGGUCGACAGGUCAGCGAACCGAGGGCCGCAGAUCCUGCCCGAGCUUUCCUCAAGACGAUGAGCAUCUGCACGGCUCUCGCCGCCCAGCCGGCGCACACCGGCGGGGUGUGGCCGACGGAAGCAACUCUGGCGCGGAGAUAGGCGAGACGGCCGGCUGGUCGACAGGCGGCGCCGGCGCCGGCGCCUCGCGGCCGCGGGGCGGCGCCUCCAGCGCCGGCGUGGCCGCGGCGGCCGCGACGGUGGCCUCGGCGGUGGAGAGGAUGGAGCGGGCGGCGGAGCGCGCCAGGACGGAAGCCAGCCGACACGGGGCCGGCGCGGCCAUCAAGGGCCGGGCCCUUCCAAGCGGGAGGAGGUCCGUCCCCACGCCGCCCUCGGCGGCCUCGGCCCGUGGAGCCCUUGCUUCCCAGCCGGAUCGGCGGCCGAUCCGGGAGGAUCGGCACGAGGAUGGCCGCAAGAUCGAAAGUGUGGACCGCCACUCGGGCGCUCGGCGCCCGGCUUCUGGCGUUGGGUCGCCCACCCAGAGGUCACGAGACGUCGGCGAGAGCGUCGAGGUGAGCCUUGGGCGUCCAGUCCCCGGCCCCGGCCUCGGCAGCUCGCCUUCCAGCCUUUCCACGGCCAGCAGGGCGCCAGGUCCGAAGGGCCCCGCCUUUGCGCGCGGCUCCGGCAGCGGGCCCGGGCUGCCGCGUCCGCCCGGGCUGGCGGCGGCGCCGCACCGCGAGGUCUUGGACGCCUCCGCCGCUCGCUUCAAUGCCGGAAGCCGCACCCCCCCUGCGGCCACCGGGACCGCUUCAGCGCGGCGGGAGUGGCUGGACCGGGAGGAGUCGGAAGUGUCCUGGGGCGAGUUGAGCGGCUCUGAGGGAGACGCGCUGGCGCCUGAAGAGCUGGCAUCGAGCGGCUCCCUGCGCCACGCGGUGGCGACGCUGGCGAAGCAGUUCGAGAAAGGCGGCUCGAGCAACGUGAUCGAGGCCGUGAGCCGCCACAGCCCGAUGGCAAGGGCCCCCGUGGCCGUGGCGAUUCGCCGGGCGCCUUUCAAGGCCUACCCCAAAGCCGCAAGCCCGGCGGCUGCGAGCGCGCGGAGUGGAGCUGGUGGAGCUAGAGGCGCGUUCGGCACGUCGGCGUCGGAUCUUGGCAAGCGCGGGGGCAGGGACUUUGAGCGGGAUGGCAAAUCCAUCGAAAGCGUCGACCGCCACCCUUCUGGCGCCGGAAGCGGCGAGCUCCAUGCGCGGCGGGUUGUCGAGAGCCCUGAGGUCGGCGUCCGUCACGGGCCAGGUAUUGGCACGCCAGCUGAAUUCUCAAAGCGCAACGCAAAAGAACCUGCCCAUGAUCGGCGCGAGGACGGCCACAGAUCCAUCGAGAGCGUGGACCGCCACUCUCCCGGCGUCGCCCGGCGGAGCGCGGAGCGGAUCGCGGGUCGAGAUGUGCCGGGCGAGCAGCCGAGCUCUGAAGCCAGUGUCCGUGGGCCAGGCAGUAUUGGCACCCAGCCAGCUGAAUUUCCAAAGCGCAACACCAAAGAGUCUGCAGAUGAUCGGCGCGAGGACGGCAGAUCCAUCAUCGAGAGCGUGGACCGCCACCCUUCGGGCGCCCGGGAGCCCCGCCGUCCGGCCAAAGCUGUGAGUUCUGCGCGCGGACCCAUCGCCGCCGGACCUGUCGCCGGAACCGCCGGAACCUUCAGCCCGCUGGCGAGGAGCCGCUCGGAUGUCCCUGUCCGCGACCGGGACGCCGAGGUCCGGCACUGCGCGGAUCUUCCCGCGGAGCUGCCCAAGGAUCGGCUUGCCGACAUCAGCCAGCCAGAGAGGCCACUGGACCGGGGAUCUGACACCGAGCCGGGCUCCGAUGUGUCCUGGGGCGAGACCAGUGGCUCAGAGGGCGAGGCCGACAUCCCAGUUGUGCUGGCGGCCAGCGAGCUGCUGCCGUGGUCCAACUCGGGGGGCCUGGGCCGCGUGGUGGCGUCGCUGGCGCGGCAGUUCGCCCUGCGGGGCCGCAAGACCAUGACCGUGGUGCCCAUGUACACGCGCCCCCCCCCCGAGGAAGGCUUCAAGUACAUUGGCUCCGCAUGGGUGCGUCUGGACAAGAGCGACCAGGAAGUUCGGUGCAUGCACAAGUACGUGAGCUAUGGCGAUGGCAAGGGUUGCGACCACGUGCUGCUUGACCACGGCUGCUACCAGCACCGGCCCCAUGGCCUCUACUGCGACUCCCGGACGGGGCAGGACUAUGGGGACAACCUCUACCGCUUCGCCAUGCUCUCGCUGGCGGCUUUGGAGGUCGCGCUGCGCAUCAACUUUGGCGGCCUGCCGUUUGGGCAGCGGGUCAUGUUCCUCUCGCACGACUGGCAGGCGGGUCUCCUGCCGGUGUACCUGGCGCACCAGUACCGCCGCGCCGGGGUAUAUCGGGAAGCCCGGACCCUGCACGUCAUUCACAACCUGGGCUACCAGGGCAAGUUCCCGGCGUCUCGCGCCGCGGUGCACACCCUGCUGGGCCUGGAGGAACCCGCGGGCCAGGACCUGCACCAGGACGCGGAUCUGAACAUCUGCAAGGCCGCCGUCCUUUGUGCAGACCGCGUGGUGACAGUCUCGCCCAGCUACGCCAGGGAGAUCCAGACGCCUCAAGGAGGCUGCGGCCUGGAGGAGGUGCUGAGCCAGAAGCAGAGGAUGCUGCGGUUGGCGGGGAUUCGGAAUGCGUUGGAUGACGACUGGGACCCCAGCAGCGACAAGCACAUCGUCCGCAGGUACAACCAGGAAAGCUUCCUGGCCGGGAGGAAGGAGUGCAAAGCCGCGCUGCAGAAGAAGCUGGGCCUCAGCGUGUCGCCCCGGGCGGUGCUCUUCGGCUUCGUGGGGCGUCUGACCUGGCAGAAGGGCGUGGACGUCUUGGUGCGCGUGGCGCCCUGGCUGCUGACCGCCGGCCUGGCGCCGCAGGCGGCGCCAUCCACGGGGCCCCGGGCGCAGAUAGUGAUCAUGGGCGAGGGCGAGCAGCAGUACAAGCACCUGGUGCAGGACCUUGAGAUGAGGAACCGCCGGGCGGUCUGCGGGCUCACGGGCUUCGACCCGGUGCUGGAGCACCAGAUGAUGGCAGGCUGCGACUUCAUCCUCAUGCCCUCGCGCUACGAGCCCUGCGGGCUCCCGCAGAUGGCGGCUUGCACCUACGGCGCGCUGCCGAUCGCCACCUGCACCGGGGGGCUAAAAGACUCAGUGCGAGGUGUGCAGCAGGAGCGCCCCACGGGAUUCCUGAUUCAGCCCCCGCUCUCUGAGUCCAGCUUGCGUCAGGCGCUGCGGGAUGCCAUGAUGCUCUACUUCCAGUCCCCGGGACGGUUCCAGCAGAUGCAGCGCAAUGCGAUGGCACAGGACUUCCGGUGGGGCCCUGCCAUUGACGAGUACGAGCACCAGAUGCGGCUGGCUUUGGUUUCUCCCCCGCAGCGGUGA